UAGAGAGAGUCACUGAAACAUUUAACUCUCUAAAGUCUCUGUAAAUCUAAUUCCGUUUGAUCUAGGGUUUUAGACGACUGAGCUCUCCUUCCAAAUUCAAAUCGGUUCGAAGAAGAAGAAGAAGAAAUGUCGACAGUUUCUAGGGUUUUCGGAGCUUGCAGGGUAUUGAUGGCGAAGGCUGCUACUUCCUCCGCCGUUAGCAGCGGUAGAGAAGGUAAAGGCAUACUCAAGGUGAUGCCCGUUUCGCAGCCGCUCGCUAACUUCAUCGGGGCCAACGAAGUCGCUCGAACAACCGCCGUGAAGAAAAUCUGGGAAUACAUCAAGCUUCACAACCUCCAGAAUCCGGAAAACAAGAAGGAGAUACUAUGCGAUGGGAAACUGAAGACGAUAUUCAAUGGGAAAGACACGGUCGGGUUCCUGGAGAUUGCGAAACUUCUGUCUCAGCAUUUUCCCAAGUCUGCUUGAUUGUCGCUUUUGCAUAAUCCUUAAGACGCUUUAGCUUAUCAUUCGGUAUCUUUUGCUUUAUCAUCCAAGAAACGUUUUUUCCUUUCUCUCUCUAUCUUCUUUUUGGGUGAUCUUUGCCGGUCAUAUAUAGACUUUCGACCAGGUCUUAGAAGUUUAUGUAUCGAUGAUGGUUUAAAGUUGAUUAUGGUUUGUCUUGGAACUUA